AUGUCAGCAGCCAUGAUUGGCUUUGGGAUAUUUUUGAGCGCCCUUGUUAUUGUCGUCAGCGGUGCCAGUGUCAAUAGAGAUAAUGCUGUGAAGAACACCCAUCCCUAUCAGGUCUCUUUCCGCGAAUGGGUCCAUCCUGACCCCCAGGACGAGUACGUUCACAUCUGCAGUGGGGUAAUUAUCAACAAAAACUGGAUUCUUUCUGCGGCAUCAUGUUUCGAAGGCCGUGACCUCGGCUAUGUCUUCGCAGCUGUCGGUACCGAGGAGGUGACCAACAAGGGCCAAACUAUCGAUAUUGUUUUCGCAGUGCUCCAUGAAGAUUACGACAAGCCCUACAACGACAACAUCGCACUAGUUCGUGUCGCCGGGGAUAUCGAGUUCAACCACACAGUUCGUUCCAUUGAUCUUCCUGCUGAUGGAUACGAUGAUUAUGACAAAUUAGGAGAAAUCGUCGGAUGGUUUACUGUGAAAACGGAUCUGUCUGUCAACAACCAUCUUCAGAGUGUCUCUCUGCCAAUCAUACGGAAUGAUAAGUGCGUUAAGUCUCGCGAUAUUACGGAAAAACAUAUCUGCGUCCAUGACGAAGAUCUUGGCGACUUUUGUCAUGAAGAUAAUGGCGCUCCAUUGAUUGUUGAUAAUGUUCUCAUUGGUAUCGAGUCUUACGUAGCGCCUUGUGCUGGAGGAUUGCCCGAUGUUUUCACACGCGUUUACAGCUAUAGACAGUGGAUUGACAAAGUUAUUAAACAGUUUGAGUAAAUAUUGCAAUUAACAUCCUUCGAGUAUGACAAAAGUGAAUAAAGAG